AUGUCGAGAAUACAUCAAUUCACUCCGAUACGACAAGGGCUAUAUAAACAUGCAUCGUUGACUUAUUCAGAGGUUGGGCUGCCAUCUAACAAACUAAUACGACUUUACCAACAACAGUUUCCCCAAUUCCAUGAACAGCAAUCACAAACUCCACUACGAUACCAUCCGCUUGCCACGCCUCCAACAUUACGUGUCAACCCAUGCACACGUUUCAACAAAUUUCCGCAUCUACGUAACCACAACGAUGAAGACAUAUCACCAAAGGACAAACUCGAGCUUGAACGAAAGAUGAACUUACUGAAUUUGAUUGAGAAACUCAAAUUACAAAUCCCCAAUAUAUUAGAGCACAAUCUAUCUAAAGAUUUAAUAUCUAGCAAUAUCUACCUCCGAAUUUGUCCUUCUCAAUUUGACGAAAACUAUCUACCAAAGCUACAUGGAACCAUUGCUUACAACAGCGCAUGCAAAGCCAUCACGUUAUUCAUCACUUCAAUUAUCCUUAGUCCCCAAGUAAAGCUCCACAUCUCAAGCAUCAAAACUUCACAAAAACCCGACCCGCAAGCCAUGUUCAGCUCAACAAUGAAGGUUUACGUGCGAUGGAGUACAUGUAUGCCCAAUUGUGAGCAUUUGGGUGUGCAAUCAACGUCGAAUGCUCAUUUCGGAUCGCAUAAAUGGUCAUCCGAAGAUACAAAGAAAUUGAUGGGUACGAACGUGACGUUGUCGGGGUUGAUUGGUAAAUUGACAGGUGCAGUGAUGGGAGUAUCAAAGGAAAAGCAAAAGGAUUUGGAGAGGGUCAUUUCGGGAUUGUUCAUAUUUGAAUUGAAUGAGGAAUGUACUCAGAUCAUGGUGCAUACGGUUGAGAAUAUGAAUAUCAUUGAGAGGUUCGAAGAAGAGCCGGAAAAUGCAUUGAGAGUUUGUUGA